UGGAGGGAGCGUGGUUGGAGAAGGAGCUGAAGGAAGGGAGCACAGCCUGCGUAACAGCCAUCAAGCACCGUCAAAUAACACUGGUUCAACAGAGGACAUGCUGCUUCGACUUCUGAGAAGACCUGUGUGUGAAAGGCUUUUCUGAGAGCUGAGAUGUGUUAAUGAGUGCAGGUGUUUGGCAUGCGGCACAAAGUCUUAACUGAAUGAAGCUAGUAGAAUAUGCAUGGUUCUCACAGAUCGAGGGUCUUCAGUACAGUGGAAGUCUUUUGAAUGAGUGCCGGUAAGGAAAUACAGACGGAACUGCAUCAGAGUGCGCUACUCUGACACGGAAGUGUGUUUAACGGUUGCCUUGGUAACUGCACUGCGUUGUAUCCUGCCCUGAAUCAGAAAAUAAACCCCAUAAAAUGGAGAUGUUCUCAGGGAGUACAGUCAGUGGGGGUCUUUGGAACCAUCCAAGACCAUCCAAGUACAGCAAGGAGACCCAAGAAAUGCUGAGAGUAAUGACACAGGAGUUGAAGCUCACCAACAUCCAGAGGAAACAGAUCAGCGAAUGUAUCAAGAAUGGAAAAGCUUUGCCACUGCCCUCUGACUUCCCUUCAUCAUCAGCUGUUCCUUCUAAGCCUAAAACCAGCAGACCUUCCUCAAACUACCUUCCAACAAGGCCACAAAGACGCACCGCUGAAAUGUGCCGUUCAGGGAACAGCUACACCAGAGAAAAGUUCCAGCCUGGUCCUACACGAGACUUGGAGAAAGAGAAAUGGAGACUUCAGAAUAUUUUGGAAAAGGGAAAAGAUGAGCCUGUAGCAGUGCCUCAGCAUAAUCCUAAUCCAUGUCCAAACCCCGACAUGGAGGAAAAGGACCGGUAUCAAGAGGUUCUUGAUGAAAUAGAGGAAAGAAGACAGUUUUUGGCAGAUAUGGCCUCCUUGGGUCAGGAGAAGGAUUACACCUACAUGAUCAACACUGAAAUAUCUCAGAGAAUCCGAGAGCUGGAAUUGAUGGACAAAACCCGGAGUUCAGAGACAGAGGCAAUGACGUUUGAGAGGAAAGUGCGCAGUGCAGAACACACAGAGGAAAAAGUGGAGUCUAGAACUAAAGACUGACCACAUCUGACUAGACAAUGAUUCACCUUGUAUUUGGACUCUGUAAAGCUUUGGUGUGCAAUACCUCAUUUGUUGUCAUUAAUUACCUCUCAGCAUAUUGUAAUUCAACUAGUCUGAGGCAAAAAAGACCAACCACCUCCUGACUGACAGCUUUAAUUACUGGUAACUGCUGAGAUUCUGUCAGAUGUGCUCUACUCUUCUACUCCAGGUAUCACCGAUCCAACAUGGCAGCUCCUCUAAAUAUCUUGCCUUCACUUUUCCACAACAAAGUGAGAUGUCAUCUAUCUUCAUACAAAACUCUAGCAUUUUACAAAAUUUCUUCCUCCUACACCUUUAACUCACAACUAUUAGAUGUUCUGAAUUCAUCACUUUUGUUUGGUAAAGUGAUCUAAUCAGUAAGUUCAGUGGUCUGGGUUGCAACUACAUGAAUCCAUGAUGUAACCAGACGGCAGUUAAAAACUUUACAUUUACACAUGACACAAACAUGACAUUUUUGCAUGAACUUAUUUUAUUCCUCUGGCCUUCCAGUGUCAGUAUUUUGUAGAAUUCUGCUGCUGUUUUAGGACCAUAUAUAGCAGACACUAAUGCAGUGCUACAGAAGCCCUUGGUUUCAGCUGGACAGGAAGAUAGAAGCGGGACAAAAACAGACAGAAACAGAGGACAAAUAUACACAAACAAAGCACACACCCUUAAUAACAAAACAGGUACAGAAUGAGUAAACUUUAUGGACAUUUACAUUAGCGCCAACAAAUGUUCAUCCAUAUAUGCAAUUAAAUAAGUGGCACUCAUACAAACAAUCUCUGUUAACAGGCUGUUCGUUUUCACUAUUAAGGCAAAACACUAAAACAUUUAAAAAGGCAUUGUAAAAUAUAAAUUAACGAUUGCAUAUUGAGGUUUUUUCAAUAGUUAAAACUGGUGUUUUGCGGCAGCCGUUAAAAUAUUUUCAUCUUUUUUAAUACUUGUUAUUGCAUGAAUGACCUUUGAUAUUAAAACUUACAAUGACAUCUGAA